AGAAAUUUUGGGAGUAGUGCCUUUUUGAUAGUUGUUCGAUAAUUUUUUAAUCGGUACGAUAAUUUUGAUACUCAAAUACGAUAAUUCUCUUCCGCUCACCUGGCAACACUGUUGCAUUAUCUGUUUUACUUCGCCUUACUUUUUUGCAUUCAAAACAACGAUCGCAUGCGAUCCACAACUUUUUCACUGUCGGCAACAAGAUAAACCUUGUUCAGCAUAGUGUCAAAUUCUUGUGAAACAUACAUUUAAUUUGAUCUUGCUUACUAAAGUAGGUACAGUAACCAGAUUGUUACUAUACAACAGAAAAAAUGGACGAAUUACGGUCGUUUUUCAACGACCCUCGUCCAUCGCAGUCCAAUGUGGUAAAACUUAAAGGACCCUUAACUGCCGGUUUUCGUAUCACGAAAGAAGAUACCCUAAAUGAGCUGAACAGACGAGAAGAUCAUCGGCAUUCAGUUAUUUUGAGCGGCACUGAUUACGCCCGUGAAGUUAAGGAACGGGAGAUUGCAGCUUAUUUGAAGAAUGAAACAGAACGAGAUCGCUGGGACAGCAUGUCCGACCGACUGGAGUCUUUGGAGCAUCUGUCCUCACUGGGAACUUCUCUGCCAAAUAUUGGAGAGCUGACGGAGGAAGCCAUGACUGAAGUGUACAGCAAGUACUCAUUUCAAAUGAAAGAAGACACCAACAAUUUAUCCAUCAACAGCUCUAAAACUGAUAUUUUAGAUCGUAUCAGAGGGUUCCCAGUUGUCAUCAUAGAAGGGCCCACAGGCUGCGGUAAGACCACACAAGUGCCGCAGUGGAUCCUGGAUGACUGCCACAAGCAUCGCAGGGCUUGUAAGAUUAUAGUCACGCAACCUAGAAGGAUCGCUGCCAUAUCCAUAGCUAAAAGAGUUGCGCAGGAGCGGGGUUGGGAUGUUGGUGGGCUUGUUGGUUAUCAGGUUGGACUAGAAAACAGGACUUCUAAUGACACUAGGAUUCAUUACGUGACAACAGGAGUAUUGUUGCAGAAAUUAGUAAAUGCCAAAACAAUGAAUGAAUACACACAUAUAAUACUCGACGAGGUCCACGAGCGUGGUCAAGACAUGGACUUCCUUUUACUGGUCGUCAAGAAGUUGCUAUACACUGUAUCACCAACAGUGAAAGUGAUACUGAUGUCAGCCACGUUCCAAACACAGAAGUUUGCGGAUUACUUCAUGAUCCCCACGCCGAGGGGGCAGCACAUGGCUUCUUGUAUACAAGUGAAUAAGAAGGACCCAAUGUUCUCUGUGAAGACCUUUUACUUGGAACAGCUGAGUAAAUUUGGCUCGCUUGUCGAAGCCUGCACGCCCAAAGCUCACGAACCAACCGUAAUCAGCGAGAUGUACCACCUUGUAGUGAAGCUGGUGAAUGCUUUUGAGCAGAUUGACAUGACAGAGGACAAAAUUGCCAACCGGUCAGAAGCUGAUCUGCCUUCUGUGUUGAUAUUCCUACCGGGAAUAAAUGAGAUUGAGGACCAGUAUAAUGCCUUAACUGACAUGCAAUUGAGAAAGAAAAUAUCCCCGGAAUGUCCCCGCUACAACUGGUGGGUGCUGCCCCUCCACUCCACCAUCACGGCGGACGAGCAGGUCCGCGUGUUCCAGCGCGCGCCGCCCGGCCACCGCAAGCUCAUCCUCGCCACCAACAUCGCCGAGAGCUCCAUCACCGUGCCCGACAUCAAAUAUGUGAUCGACUUCUGCCUGAUGAAAAUCUUAGUAGCGGACUCUGCGACCAACUUCUCAACCCUGAGCCUGACCUGGGCUUCCAAGAGCAACUGCGAGCAACGCGCUGGUCGCGCGGGUCGUGUCCGGGACGGCCGCGUGUACCGCCUAGUGCCUGCCAAGUAUUAUGACAAGUUCCAACAAGACAGCCCGCCGGAGAUCGUCCGCUGCCCGCUGGAGCGCCUGGUGCUGCUGGCCAAGAUGCUGGACAUGGGCCCGCCCAGCGACGUGCUCGCGCUCGCCAUGGACCCGCCCGAGAUGGCCAACAUACAGCGCACCAUGCUCGUGCUCAAGGAGAUCGGAGCUCUAAAGAAGACAGUGGACGGCGAGUGGUCCUCAUCAGACGGCGAGCUCACGUACAUGGGCCGCAUCAUGGCGCGCCUGCCGCUCGACGUCAAGGUCUCCAAGAUCAUCAUACUGGGGCAUAUCUUCGGCUGCUUGGAAGACAGCAUCAUUAUGGCCGCUGCGUUGUCAGUGAAGAACGUAUGUAGCAGCCCGUUCCGCGAGCGCCUGAACGCCUACAACGCGAAGCUGACUUGGGCUGAUGGCUCCACCAGUGACUGCGUUGCCUUCCUACACAUAUACAAAGUGUGGGACAGAUUCCGGCAACAGCAGUUCUUUAAGCAGAAGGGCAACAGCGAAGCGGCGUGGGCGCGGCGCUUCUACGUGCAGCUGCGCGCGCUGCGGGAGCUCGGCGACAUGGUGCGCGAGCUGCGCCACCGGCUCAGUCGCGAGGGCGUCGAGGCGCCCAAGGGCUCGCCCUGGGCGCCCAACCAUCUCGCCUUCGUGCACAAGGUAACUGUUGUCUUCUACGUGCAGCUGCGGGAGCUCGGCGACAUGGUGCGCGAGCUGCGCCACCGGCUCAGUCGCGAGGGCGUCGAGGCGCCCAAGGGCUCGCCCUGGGCGCCCAACCAUCUCGCCUUCGUGCACAAGGUAACUGUUGUCUUCUACGUGCAGCUGCGGGAGCUCGGCGACAUGGUGCGCGAGCUGCGCCACCGGCUCAGUCGCGAGGGCGUCGAGGCGCCCAAGGGCUCGCCCUGGGCGCCCAACCAUCUCGCCUUCGUGCACAAGGUAACUGUUGUCUUCUACGUGCAGCUGCGGGAGCUCGGCGACAUGGUGCGCGAGCUGCGCCACCGGCUCAGUCGCGAGGGCGUCGAGGCGCCCAAGGGCUCGCCCUGGGCGCCCAACCAUCUCGCCUUCGUGCACAAGGUAACUGUUGUCUUCUACGUGCAGCUGCGGGAGCUCGGCGACAUGGUGCGCGAGCUGCGCCACCGGCUCAGUCGCGAGGGCGUCGAGGCGCCCAAGGGCUCGCCCUGGGCGCCCAACCAUCUCGCCUUCGUGCACAAGGUAACUGUUGUCUUCUACGUGCAGCUGCGGGAGCUCGGCGACAUGGUGCGCGAGCUGCGCCACCGGCUCAGUCGCGAGGGCGUCGAGGCGCCCAAGGGCUCGCCCUGGGCGCCCAACCAUCUCGCCUUCGUGCACAAGGUAACUGUUGUCUUCUACGUGCAGCUGCGGGAGCUCGGCGACAUGGUGCGCGAGCUGCGCCACCGGCUCAGUCGCGAGGGCGUCGAGGCGCCCAAGGGCUCGCCCUGGGCGCCCAACCAUCUCGCCUUCGUGCACAAGGUAACUGUUGUCUUCUACGUGCAGCUGCGGGAGCUCGGCGACAUGGUGCGCGAGCUGCGCCACCGGCUCAGUCGCGAGGGCGUCGAGGCGCCCAAGGGCUCGCCCUGGGCGCCCAACCAUCUCGCCUUCGUGCACAAGGUAACUGUUGUCUUCUACGUGCAGCUGCGGGAGCUCGGCGACAUGGUGCGCGAGCUGCGCCACCGGCUCAGUCGCGAGGGCGUCGAGGCGCCCAAGGGCUCGCCCUGGGCGCCCAACCAUCUCGCCUUCGUGCACAAGGUAACUGUUGUCUUCUACGUGCAGCUGCGGGAGCUCGGCGACAUGGUGCGCGAGCUGCGCCACCGGCUCAGUCGCGAGGGCGUCGAGGCGCCCAAGGGCUCGCCCUGGGCGCCCAACCAUCUCGCCUUCGUGCACAAGGUAACUGUUGUCUUCUACGUGCAGCUGCGGGAGCUCGGCGACAUGGUGCGCGAGCUGCGCCACCGGCUCAGUCGCGAGGGCGUCGAGGCGCCCAAGGGCUCGCCCUGGGCGCCCAACCAUCUCGCCUUCGUGCACAAGGUAACUGUUGUCUUCUACGUGCAGCUGCGGGAGCUCGGCGACAUGGUGCGCGAGCUGCGCCACCGGCUCAGUUGCGAGGGCGUCGAGGCGCCCAAGGGCUCGCCCUGGGCGCCCAACCAUCUCGCCUUCGUGCACAAGGUGAUCCUCGCGGGCGCGUUUUACCCGCAGUACUUCGUGCACGGUUCGCAGAACGAGACGCGCGAGCGAGAUGCACUGCGUGAACUAAACGGGCUUGAUCCGCGCACCACAGUGUACUUGAAGAAUUUCCCCGACCACCAGCCCGGCAACAUCUACGCUGCGGCCAUCAAGAACAAGGUGCACGAACUCAUCAAAGAAGAGCCGCGCGUCACCUUUGACAAGAACAGCAGGAAAGUUUUCCUGACCUUCCCAACUAGUGAAGAAACCUGCAGGGGCGGAACGCACCGCAAUAAUGCAGAUAGAGACCCAACGAUCCCAGGCCAAAUAUUACUGGCAGUGUACAAGGCUAUCAAAGCGAGACAACAGAAGAUGGAAAUCAGAAUACCUCUGUUACCGUUGGAGGAAGCGAAAGCUCUCGCCGAGGAGAUGUCUCAGAGCCGAUCCGCCAUGCCCACGGAGCUGCAAGUGCCGAGGCUGCCCAGCAUCGACCAGACAUAUUUUCCCCUUAAAGUGACCCAGUUUACAAGCGUGGGCAAGUUCUGGGUGCAAUACGACGAAGAGACCGCAUUGAGCGAGUACAACGAGAUCCAAGCAAUACUCAACUGCAGCAAGCUCCUGAGCUACACCGACUCCGUGUCUCCAGGGGACCUGGUAGCCGCCCCGUAUACUGACCAGUACGUGUAUAGAGCACGGGUGCAGAAGGUGGUCAAAGACAUGGUUGAGAUCGCAUACAUCGACUUCGGCACCUUCGGCCGCAUCGCCAUAUCGAGCCUGCGCGUGCUGCCACCAGGAUUAUGUAUAACCACCCCGCCGCUGGCCAUGCCGUGCCGGCUGGCCGAGCUGGCGCCGGCCCCACUCCUAGACUCGCACGCGCAGUGGUCCCAACGUGCCGAGACCAUGUUCAAGCGCUUCGUGAGCCAGCCGCGCCUCAUGGGCAAGAUAUACUCGGUGGCGCACGGAGUGGUGUCGAUCGAGCUGCUGGCCAAAGGCGGCAACGAGAGUCUCAACAAGGAGCUCGUCAACGCCAAGCUCGCCAUCCUCUGCGAGGAGAGCUACGAGUCCAAGCUGAACCACGACCUGCGGCAGUCGGCGUGCGCGCUGACCUCGGACCUGAACCUGGCGCAGGUGCGCGCCUACAACCGCGAGCAGGCCGAGCACGCCUUCCGCGAGCUGCGCGAGCCCGCCGCGCCCGACGCGCGCCGCUGCUACGCCGACUGCUGCCUCAAGGGGCCCUUCAGCCCUCUGGAGGGAACAGUCCACAGCCUGAUGUACGGCAGCCGCGAGACGCAAGUGAACAUCGAGUGGAGCUCUAUCAACUCCGUGCUGCUCGAUACUGAGCCCCAGCGCGCUUACGAAAGGUUGCUGAUAGCAGCUGAUGUGGGUCAGAGCGAACACAGCAACAAGCUGACUCUGCGGCAUACGACCUUAAUGCCCAACGUGCCGGGCCUGCCCGCCAUCAUCGCGCUCCUGUUCUGUCCCACGGCGGAGCUGCGGCGCGGGCGGUGCGGCGCGCGGUACUGCGCGGCGCUGUGCGGGCUGGGCGCGGCGCCGGCGGGCGCGCCGCUGUUCCCCGAGCACGACCUGCUCGUCAGCGUCGACGCCGACCUCGACACCGAGGACGUCAGCAACAUUAACCACAUCCGCUACCUGAUGGACUACUCGAUCUACUGCCGCGAGGGGCAGGACACGCCCGCCAUCGACGACGAGGCGCGCCAGAAGGUCCCCGGCACCAUCCGAGACAUUCUGUUCAAACUAAUGGAGAAGCGGCGUAAACACCGCGAACCGGAAACCAUCCCCAACUCCUGGGAGUGGAACUCCGUACCCGAAGACGAGCUGCUCGAGAUCGACGCGCCCGAGCUAACAGCCUGCGCUACGGUCUACCCGCUCCACUCGCCGCAGGAGCUGCGCCCUAUACCCCGCGAACAACUCGACCAGCUCAAGCGGGAGGUCGACAAGCUGCGCCUGCUGGUCGACAGAUCAUCGAUCUCAUCGAGCGCGGAGCUGUCAUGUCCGCUGUGCAUGACGCCGCCCAUGCCCACGCACGCCAUGCGCAUACAUCUGUACUCCAACUCACACAAGGAAAAGGAGGAGGACUUUGCUAUCUUCAACGCCUAAAGGGUCUUAUCGCGUCUACGAGAAAUGGUACCAUAGUCUUGUACUUGUUUUUACAGUUAAUUCAUCAUAAUCAAUUAUUGUUUACCUAGUUGACGUCGCCCAAUCGUCUUUGCACCAUGGACGUAUAAAGCAAGAAGACUGUCUGUACAAAAUAUUGGAGGUACGCGAUUUUGUCUAAACAUUGUCGGUCUUCUUGCUUUAAUUAUACAUGUCUGCACCAAACAGUUGCAGCGUCACCAAUGGUUAUUUUAAGUAUAUUCAUGAUCAAAAGCCAAAGUGCAGGUAGAAUCCAUCGUUGAUCACCGAAUUGACUUCUUCCUUGUGUAUAGUAAGGCUGGCUAACAAAACCAAACGCUACAAGCUACUAACCAUAUGGUUUUUGCAGUAAGUUUAUCUGUAAAAACUCCGUGAAGAGACGAGACUGGUUUUCUUCCAGUACCUACUAAAGAAGAGGCUGGUCCUAAAUUAAGUGGAUAUAAUCCUGGAUAUAAUAGUAAAAUAUUUGCUAUUUAUAGGACCCGUUAUCUUAAAUAUAGAUUUAAGUCUAACUUUUGUUUUCUAUUUUUGUUGUUAGAGUUUAAUUUUAUUUUCAUAUUUGCCGAUACGUGAAUAAUUGAGGCGUGGGCAAAUAAACUAUGGUUGUCUAUGAUCUGAUUAUUAAGUGAUAACUAAAUUUAUAACUAACAGCUUAUGGACAAGAAGGGAAUUCGUUUCAUAGUUUAUGACAGUAAAUAUAAUAAUACAUGUUUACAUAUAUAUUUUUGGCUAGUCACAAAUGUUAUAAAUAACCAGUGCCAUUUUAUUACGCCUCGCUGUUUUAAAGUAAGAUGAGAUGAGGUAAGAAGAACCUUUUAUCCUAGCGUUCGACGUGCCCCGAACAAAUAAACUAUGGUCUUCCUACCCCAUCUUACUAUAUCAUUCCAAAAUAAUCUUUAAAAGUUUGCUGAUCCAUAGUGUUCAGUACUUGUUAUAUCGUCCAUAAUUUCAGUUGAUUACUUGUUUAUUCUUAGGACUAACAUUUGUUUUGUUUGUUGUUAUUACUAUCAUAUUAGUUUUAUGUCUGCAUAAAUGUGUAGUUUAAUUACUUUUGUAUGAAGCUUAUUGUGAUAAUUAAGGAGCUGAAUUGAGAAUUUACACCAAACCUAUAAGUAGUAAGUUAAAUUACGAUUAUACUAGUUACUAGUAUCAUUUGGUGUGACAUGUAUGUGAACAUACGAUAUUUCUUCAUGUUGAUGUUAUAAGACCAAAACUAUAUAAUAAAUGAGUAUUAAAAUA